AUGAUGAUUUCCAUGGAUGUCUCCUCUCUUGAUCUUGUGAGCUCUUCAAUGGCAGGAGCAUUAUUUAUUAUAGUAAUGUCCCUUUAUUAUUAUUAUUUCUUAAAAGGGAACGUGUUCCAAAUUCCUGGUACUAGAGCUCAUCGUAAACUUAAUAAACCGCCCGAACCAAGCGGAUCAUGGCCUGUGCUGGGUCACCUCCGUCUUUUCCGAGGUCCCAAACUUUUCCACGUAACAUUGUCUGAGAUGGCCGACAAACAUGGUCCAAUUUUCGGCAUCCGUCUUGGACUUCGCAGGGCGAUUGUGGUUAGCAAUUGGGAGUUGGCCAAAGAACUGUCCACCACUCACGACCUAGCCGUGGCAUCGCGUCCUCAAAUGCUAGCUUCAGAGCACUUGGGGUACAACUAUGCCAUGUUUGCCUUUUCCCCAUACGGGUCAUAUUGGCGGGAGAUUCGAAAAUUCGUGUCGUUGGAGUUGCUGUCUAUGCGGCGACUCAAUUUGCUAGGCCAUAUAAGGGUGUCCGAGACAAAAUCCUCAAUCCAACAACUUUAUAAGUUAUGGGCGGAUAAAGGAGAUGACAACUUGACUUUAACUACUGAUGGUGUCAUGGUGGAGAUGAGGCAAUGGAUCACAGACUUGACAACAAACGUGAUCUUUACGAUGAUCUAUGGGAAAAGAUAUUCUGGGGCUGAUGUUGACAUGGAGGAAGCUAGAAAGUAUCAAAGAAUUUUCAAGAGGUUCUUACUUCUGUUUGGUGUAAAUGUGGUGGGGGACAUGAUACCAUGUCUUAGAUGGUUAGAUAUAGGAGGUCACGAGAAAACCAUGAAAGAAACGUCAAAAGAAUACGACCAACUAAUGGUAAAGUUGCUAGAAGAGCACAAUGAUAAGCGGAGGGGACAUAACAGUCAUGAUAGGAUGGAUCGUGAUUUUAUGGAUGUGAUGAUCUCAAUGCUUAAAGAUGCAGAUAUAGAUGGUUACGAUGCUGAUACUAUUAACAAGUCUACGUGCUCGGUACAUCAUUUGUGA